UCAUUUUUUGGUGAAGCAGCACAGCCACUGCAGUUUCAGGAUAUUUCGCCACAACGCAUCGAAAAAGAAGUGGAAAAAUCUGUCCAAAAUUUCUUUGUUCAGCUGAUGCCUGCAACAUUCUUAUGUAUUACAACGGGUCCAUGCAAAUCGGUGACGCAGUCCUAUGCAAACUGUUUGCAAAAUAACUCGCCAUCCUGGAGAGCCUUCUAUGGCACCGAGCCAAGCAAAAUGAGUGCCGCAUUGCGGCACGCUAUACUCAAGUAUCGGCUGAUCGAAAGCACCAUCGAUAAGUUGCACAGGUCAGCGCUCGAAAUCGAAGCGAUCAAUGAUUCGUGCGUACCACGCUACACUUCGGUAACAUACUGUGCGCCAAUUUGUGCAGCGAAACAGACGCCGUUUGAGGAACCAGUUGGAUACUGUAGUGAAGAGUGCAAGAAUGCUGUGCGCGCCUGUCUUCAUGAAAGCGCCAAUGAGUGGGACAGUUCAGUGGUCAUUUUGCGAAAGCUGAGCGCUGAGUUUGAUAAAGGUUUUGUCGAAGUACGCCUGUUUUUCAAAAAUCCACAUUUUUGUUCAUUUCGUUGA